AUGGCCUACGCGUACUACUAUGACUACCCACCUCCAUUGGUGGACAACCCUCACGAGCGACACCACCAGCACCAGUCACUCCUCCAAUACAUCGCGCGCCGCCACCCAAGACCAGAAGACCACCCCAACCAACCAGACUUGGACUUCCGCGAUGCCAUCAAGGAAUACCUCAUCGAGAUCGAAGUGCCCGGCGUCAAGAAGCCCGAAGACAUCACCGUGACCUGGACGGGCAACCGAUCCCUACUGCUAUCGGGCAAGGUCGAGAGGCCAGACUAUGGCAAUGCCGAAAACGCAAAGGUGGAAGAAGAACAAACAGAGCCUCACCCGGGCGGAGUCCACCUGUUGAUUGGAGAGAGAAGAGUCGGCCCUUUUCGCCGAUACGUCAAUUUCCCGACCGACGUAGAGAAUGUCAACGUCACGCUGGAGGCUGGUUUGUUGAAGAUUCGUGCGCCCAAGAAAGGGUUCCAGGAUGUUGCCGACGCAAAGGUGGAUGUCAAGCACGAGUGA